AUGAAUUCGGUGGAUGGAGGAGGAGAAGCGGGCCCGGACGGCCUGGCGACGGCAGGUUCUGGUAAAGCAGAGUGUGUCCGAGCCGUCGACGUCCUGACGGUGCUCAGAGAGAAAGUGGCCUUCGUGUCGGGCGGACGGGACAAACGUGGCGGACCGAUACUGACCUUCCCCGCCAGGACCAACCAUGAUCGAAUAAAACAGGAAGACCUCAGCCGACUGGUCACCUACCUGGCAACCAUUCCCAGUGAGGACGUGCGUGCUCGUGGCUUCACGGUGGUGGUGGACAUGCGCGGCAGUAAGUGGGACAGUGUGAAGCCGGUUCUACGGACGCUGCAGGAGUCGUUCUCCUCCAACAUCCACACGGCGCUGCUCAUCAAACCAGACACCUUCUGGCAGAAACACAAGACCAACCUGGGCAGCGCCAAGCUCAGCUUUGAGACCAGCCUGGUGUCGGUGGAGGGUCUGUCCCGGCUCGUCGACCCUUCCCAGCUGACCUCUGACCUCGGUGGCUCGUUGGAGUACGACCACGUGGAGUGGACCGAGCUGCGUCUGGGUCUGGAGGAGUUCACGGGGGCCGCCACGCUGCUGCUGGCCCAACUGGAGCAGCUGGAGGCCGGGCUGAACCGCAUACCGGAGCCGCAGGACGUGGACGAGGCCCGCAAACUUCUAGAGGAACACGGUCGCCUCCGUAACACCAUCGCUACAGCUCCGAUCGACUCCCUCGAGCGAGAGGGGAAGAGCUUGCUCCAGCGUAUGCGCCUUGGCCCUGCCCACGGUGACGCCUCCACAGAAGGUGGCGGCGGCGGUGGUAGUCACGGCAGCUGGCUGUCGGGCGGGGCGGACUUCCAGAGCGUGGCGCCCAAGGUUUCGUCUCUGCUGGACCGGCUGCAGGCGGCUCGUGGUCACUUGCUGCAGAGCUGGAGCGACAGGAAGCUGCACCUGGACCAGACGCUGCAGCUGCACCUGUUCGAGCAGGACGCCGCCAAGAUGUCCGAGUGGAUCGCUCACAGUAAAGAGUUGUUCGUCCAGACUCUGGCGGAGGUCGGGCAGAACCACCAGCACGCCCUCGACCUCCAGACGCAACACCAGCACUUCACCGCCAACUGCAUGAACGGCAGCGUGAACGUGGACAGCGUGGUCACGGUGGCGGCGAGGCUGGCGGAGGCCGGUCACUACGGGGCGGAGCGGAUCGCCGCCGUGUCGUUGCGGUUACAGGAAGACUGGAAGGCGCUGACGAUGGCGCUGGAGGAGCGCAGCAACACGCUCGCCAUGGCAACCGGCUUCCACCAGGGGGCGGAGCAGUUCCUGCUCAGAGUGGAGGGGUGGGUUCAGGUGUGCUCUGAGGGGCCGUUGCCAUCGGCGACGGUGGAGCUGGAAGCUGCAACAAAGAAACACCAGGAACUGAACGAGGAGAUCUCUGCUAACUACACACAGGUCAGUGAGAGCGGUAAAGCUUUAAUGGACGUCCUCCAGCGUUGCCCGGCGACCGACUCCGACAACUCUGCGACCAAACCGGACAUCACCCCCGCAACGCACGGCAUCAUGGGAGCUCUGCACCAGGUCAUGCAGGGUCACCAUGAGGUGGAGGGGGCGUGGCAGCAUCGUAAGCUCCGCCUACACCAGCGCCUGCAACUGUGUGUGUUCCAACAGGAUGUCAGACAGGUGUUGGACUGGGUGGAGCAACACGGUGAGGUUUUCCUGAACAAACACAGCGGCGUGGGGAAGUCUCUGCACCGAGCAAGAGCGCUGCAGAAACGCCACGACGACUUCCAGCAGGUCGCACAGAACACUUACACUAAUGCAGAGAAGCUUCUGGAAGCAGCCGAUCAGCUGGCUCAGUCUGGAGAGUGUGAGGAGGAGGAGAUCUACCAGGCGGCCAGAGACCUGGAGCUACGCAUGCAGGCAUUCAUCCAGAGAGUUGAACAGAGGAAGCUGCUGCUGGACCUCGCUGUGUCUUUCUACACACACACCAAGGAGCUCUCGGUGUGGAUGGAAGGCCUCCAGAAGCAGCUCUCCUCUGAUCUCUGUGUUUGUCCCGACACCGUUGAGGCUCUUCAGGCUGUGAUCAGCCAGCAGCAGCAGCAACAAGCCAACACACAGGAAGCUGCGAUGAGUGUCAUCCGGGAAGGAGAAGACCUCAUCCUGCAACUCAGGCCUCAGGGCAGCUCGGUGGCCCAUGUGGAGAUGGUGCUGCAGCAGCUGGAGGAGUCUCACGCUCAGCUGGAGGAACUGUUCCACCAGAAGAAGAUCCGCCUGGAUGUUUACCUGCAGCUCCGCAUCCUGCAGCAGUGCACUCUGGAGGUAACGGGGGAAAUGGACGCCUGGAAGCAGGACCUCCAGAAACAGUCCCAGGACUUCUCCGCAGAGAAGCUAGCAUCGUCACGGCUAGCUGAAGCUAACCAGGACAAGCUAGCGUUGGGCCAGUCGCGGCUGGUGGAGGCUAGCCCCGAGGUGCUAACGCUAGCACAGCAGCGCAUCCACAGGCACAUGGAACGGAGGCUGGCUAUGAACAACAUGAUCUAUGAGGUCAUCCAGCAAGGUCACGACCUUCAGCAGUACAUCACCGAGGUCCAGGCCUCAGGUAUCGAGCUGUCGGAGGCGGAGGGGGGGCUCUCCGCUCAGGUGGAGGAGCUGCAGCGCCUCCUGCAGGACAAACAGAAGGAGCUGCAGCAGAUUGCGGAUCACACGCACACACACCUGGAGCAGAACCUGCAGCUGAGACACCUGCAGAGCCAGGUCAAACAGGUGCUGGGCUGGAUCUCGGAGGGCGAGGUCAUGCUGUCGUCCUGCAUGUUGAACUCCAGCUGUCUGUCUGAAGCUGAGCAGCUGCAGAGGGAGCACGAGCGCCUCCAGCAGGCCAUCGAGGCUCUGCUGCACGCCGACUCCCUGCAGAGGACUCACCAGGUCGCUCUGGCUCUGCAGCAGAGAGCCGAGCUGCUGGUCAGGUCAGGUCACUACGACCCAGAUGCAGUGAGGUCUUGUGCCCAGACGGUGGCGCUGCACUGGCAGACUCUGAUGCUGAGGAUCGAGGACAGACUCAAGCUGGUCAACGCCUCUGCAGCGUUCUACAGGACGUCACAGCAGGUGUGUGGGGUGCUGGAGAGUCUGGAGCAGGAGUACCGCAGGGAGGAGGACUGGUGUGGAGGAGGAGAGAGGCAGCCGGAGCUCCUCCUGCCGCUCGUCAGCAAACACAUGGAGCAGAAGGAGGCGUUCCUGAAGGCCUGCACUCUGGCCAGAAGGAACGCCGAAGUCUUCCUCAAGUACAUCCACCGCAACAGCGUCACCAUGGCGAACAUCUCGGGCCACAGCAUGACGGGGGUCACCGAGGUCACCGGCCACUCCAGGGUCCCGGAGCAGCAGGUCAAAGGUAUUCUCAGUGAGCUGCUCCAGAGGGAGAACAGAGUUCUUCAUUUCUGGACUCUGAAGAAACGUAGACUGGAUCAGUGCCAGCAGUACCUGAUGUUCCAGAGCCACGCCCAACAGGCUCUGGAUUGGCUGCAGCAGUCAGGUGACCACUACCUGGCCACUCACACGUCUCCGGGGAAUGUGGCCGAGACGCAAGAACUGCUGAACCAACACAGAGAGUUCUGUGUGUCCGCCAAGCACACACAGGAAAAGGUCCACCUCCUCAUCCAGUUGGCAGAGAGCAUGCUGGGUAAAGGACACGCCCAUCGCGCCGAGCUCCGCCGCUGCGUCUCCGCGGUGGACAAACGGUACAGAGACUUCAGCGUCCGGAUGGCUCAGUACCGCCACCUGCUGGAGACGGCACUGGGAGGCUGCUCACAGGACAAUAAGGACCUGGAGUUGGAGCUGAUCCCAAACAGUCUGUCGGACUCGGACCCCGAGGUGAACCUGUCCGACCCGAGUCACCAGGUUAGCGACGAGAAGAGGCGCUCCGCCCGCAAGAAAGAGUACAUCAUGGCUGAGCUGCUUCAAACUGAAAGAGUCUACGUCAGAGAUCUGCAGGAGUGUAUAGAGACGUACCUGUGGGAGAUGACGAGCGGAUCAGAAGACGUUCCGUCUGGUCUCCACAACAAAGACGACAUCGUGUUCGGAAACAUCCAGGACAUCUACGAGUUCCACAACAGUAUUUUCCUGAAGGAGCUGGAAAACUACGAACAGCUUCCUGAGGACGUCGGACACUGUUUCGUUACCUGGGCGGAUAAGUUCCACAUGUACGUGACGUACUGCCGCAACAAACCCGACUCCAGUCUGCUGAUCCAGCAGCAAGGAGCCGGAUUCUUUGAGGAGGUCCAGAGGAGACACGGUCUGAACAACUCCAUCUCCUCAGCUCUCAUCAAACCAGUUCAGAGGAUCACCAAAUACCAGCUGCUGCUCAAGGAGUUGUUGGCGUGCUGCGAGGAGGGGAAAGGCGAGAUAAAGGAAGGUCUGGACGUGAUGCUGAGCGUCCCCAAGAGAGCGAACGAUGCUAUGCACGUUAGCAUGCUAGAAGGUCUGGAGGAGGGUCUGGAGGUCCAGGGGGAGCUCCUCCUCCAGGACUCCUUCCUGGUCUGGGAGCCCAAGUCCCUGAUCAGGAAGGGGCGGGACCGGCACCUCUUCCUGUUCGAGCUGUCACUCAUCUUCAGCAAAGAGAUCAAGGACUCGUCUGGAAGAACCAAAUAUCUCUACAAGAGCAGACUGAGGACCUCGGAGCUCGGGGUGACGGAGCACAUCGAGGGGGAUCCCUGUAAAUUUGCUCUGUGGGUCGGACGAACGCCAACGUCCGACAACAAAACGGUCCUGAAGGCGUCGUCCCUGGAGCUGAAGCAGGAGUGGGUCCGCAGCAUUCGUCAGGUGAUCCAGGAGAGGCGGGGCCACCUGAGGGGGGCUCUGCGGGAGCCCAUCCCCCUCCCCAAAACACCCAACCCCACCCUGGGGCGACAGCGCAGCAUCAGCCGCAGGGAGACCAGUGAGGACGCAGACAGUCUGGGUGACGCCAGCAGUCAGCCGGACACCGUCUCCAUCGCCUCCAGAACCUCGCAGAACACCGCCGACAGCGACAAGCUGUCCGGAGGCUGUGAGUUAGUGGUGGUUCUGCUGGACUUCGUCUCCGGUGGACCCGGAGAGCUCGGCGUGCGCUGCGGUCAGACGGUGGAGCUGGUGGAGCGUUCGGCGGAGCGGCCCGGGUGGUGUCUGGUCAGAACGACGGAUCAAACGCCCCAACAGGAGGGUUUGCUGCCGAUGAGCGCCCUCUGUCUGUCACACUCCCACAGUGCAGCCGACAUGGAGGGGCUCAUCCCGGCCUCCACCACCUCCUCCUCCUCCUCCUCCACCAGCACCACCACCUCCUCCUCCUUCAACUCCUCCUCCACCACCACCACCUCCUCCUCCAACUCCUCGUCCAACGCUGGGAGGGACUCCGGUCUGUUCGGCUCUGAAGCUCCAGGACUCCAGACGUCCAGUCAAAGUGCUACCUGCCCGGCGGUGUUCGGAGUGGGCGGGGCUCCAGGCGGCGCCGUUGGCUCCCCGGGGUCCAAACGCAGCGGCUCUGGAACCGGAAACACCCUGAAGCGCUGGUUGACCAGUCCGGUCCGGAGGCUGAGUCAGGGGAAAGCAGACGGACAGAAGAAACCUCCAAUCAGAACCAGGAGGCGGGACAACAGGACGGAGCAGACCACGCCCCUCACCGGGAGUGCACAGACGAAGGCGAGGAAGGAGGAGGCGGGGCAGAGCGGAGGGGAGGAGGAGCCAGAGGAGGAAAGCCACACCCUUUUACCUCCUCCCAUGCAGAUCAUCAAGGACCCAAACAACCCCGAGGCUCUGGAUUCAGAUCAGGGCUCCAACGAGUCGGACACCGAGCAGAGAAACAAAGCUCUGAGAGGACGAAUGUUUGUGGUGAACGAGAUGAUCCAAUCAGAGAAGGACUACGUGAAGGACCUGGCUGUGAUCGUGGAGGGCUUCAUGUCCAGACUGGAGGUCAGAGGAAUCCCAGAGGACAUGAGAGGAAAAGACAAGAUCGUCUUUGGAAACAUCCAACAGAUCUACGACUGGCACCGCGAUUUCUUCCUGGUGGAGUUGGACCGAUGUGUUCAGAAUCACGACCUGCUGGCCGACCUUUUCAUCAGACACGAGCGUCGCCUCCACAUGUACGUUGUUUACUGUCAGAACAAGCCGAGGUCAGAGUUCAUCGUCAUCGAGUACGAGACCUUCUUUGAGGAGAUCCAGCAUGAGAUCAGCUGCAGGAUGUCGAUCAGUGAUUAUCUGAUCAAACCCAUCCAGAGAAUCACCAAAUACCAGCUGCUGUUAAAGGACUUUCUAAAGUAUACGUCUAAAGCAGGACUCGACUGUGAAGAGAUAGAGAAAGCGGUGGAGCUGAUGUCAUUGGUGCCGAAGCGCUGCAACGACAUGAUGAACCUGGGACGGCUGCAAGGAUACGAGGGUAAGCUGACGUCUCAGGGGAAGCUGCUGCAGCAGGAGACGUUCUGUGUUUGGGAACAGGACGGAGGAGUUCUAUCCCGCAGCAAAGAGCGCAGAGUUUUCCUGUUCGAGCAGAUCAUCAUCUUCAGUGAACUUCUGCGGAAAGGCUCCAACAACCCGGGAUACCAGUUCAAGAACAGCAUCAAGGUGAGUUACCUGGCGAUGCAGGACAGCGUGGACGGGGAACCCUGUAAGUUUGUGUUGUGGUCUCGAGGCUCGGCGGAGCGCUUCACGCUGCAGGCGUCCUCCGCCGGCAUCAAGAUGACCUGGGUGGAGACCAUCGCCACCCUGCUGGACGCACAGAACAACUUCCUGUCAGCUCUUCAGUCUCCCAUUGAGUACCAGAGGAAGGAGGGUGGGAUCUCGGUGACCCGACCUUUGUCGUCGGGGCGACCGCCGUCGGCCCCGCCCACGCCCAACGGCCACGCCACCCAGCCCCCUCCUGACUGCGAGCAGGACGACCAGGAGCUGGUUCUGGUGCUGCAGGACUUUGUGGCGGUUCGUGAGGACGAGAUCUCCGUGUUUCGGGGCGAGAAGGUUCAGAUUCUGGCGUCCAACCAGCAGGGUCAGAGUCUGGUGUACCGGCCGGCCAACAGCGACUCGCCGGCCGCCGAGGGCUGGGUGGCACGCAGCAUCCUCAACACACACUGACACAUACAAAUACACCAGAAUGCACGGACAGCGGAGUCCGGUUUACUACGAGUACACACAUGAAGUACUGCGAGGUAACAGGGCCUAGAGGCAUGCUGGGAAAUUCUGUUAUGAUGGUGAGAGGUGGAGCCUUAAGGUGGAGACGUCAGUUAGUCCAAUACAACCAAUUGUAUCUAAACUACUGGAGAUAUUUCCUGUAGCGCCGCCAUUUUGGAUCUCCAGGAAAGUUUCCAAAUAGUUAAUUGGUAACAUCGCAAUUGUUUAAUUGUGGAUUAACUAACCUUUCUUGUCAUUGUCGAUUAAGUUAGCUGUUAUUUUCUCACGAUUCACUAUCACAUAAUAAAAAGUGUAACUCCUAACCUCUGAGUAAGUGAAACUGUUACUAAAUUGCUAAAUCAACUAAUCAUUAAUCUUUGCAAUGAGCAGUUUCAUCCGUACUGUGUAAAACUAUCCAGCGUUUUAGAGAAAGAAAUCAAAAAUGAAAGCUACUUCUUAUCCUGUGAUCGCUCAAAUGUCUCUUGCGACCCCUUGGAGGGCCCCGACCCUUAGGUUUGGACAGAUACCUCCAUCCUUCAGGCUCCACAACCAUAACUGUGAGAUAAUGAAUGUUUCCUAACACACUUCAUGCCCUGAUUACCUUCCAGUAUCAGAAGAUAAAUCACACACACACACACACACACACUCCCAGCAGCAGGUACUGUUAGACUCCUCCCCCUCCUGGUGCUUCAACACUCAACCAAAAAAAACACGCCUCCGCCCUCGCCUCGUCCAAUCAGACGACGCCGUCUGGUCGGCCCUCCAGUUUACUGCCCCCGAGCAAAAACUGUCUCCCAUGUGACGUUGGUGUGACGGAGACCACAUGACCACAUCGUCAUCGCCCACGGCAACAAACUGUGACUCCAGGAAGCUGAAAACAAGAGACGAUUUAAAAAACAAAGUUAAAAAUAAUAAACGCCUCCUGGAAGAGAAGAGGUGAAAAAGUCAGCCAAUCAGAACUGACCUCCUUCUCUCUGCGUGUCAUCCUGUUAAUAGUGUGUAUAAACAGACUGAGGACACACACACACACACAGACAUACACCACACACACACACACACACACACACCCCCACUGCUAUGAUGAUGAAGAUUAACUAUGAUGAUUAUGAUAAUUAAGAAUAAUAGAAGCUGUUUUUCACCUCAAUUAGAAAAAAAGAGAAACUGUUUGUCAUAUUGUUUGUAUGUGUGUGUGUGUGUGUGUGUGUGUGUGUGUGUGUGUGUGUGUGUGUGAGAGAGAGAGAGAGAGAGAGAAUGUGUGUGUGUGUGUGUGUGUGUGUGUGUGUUAGUGACGACGUCCUGUGUGUGUGUGUUUUCCACGGACAGUUAGGUGGUGUCCCGGUGUAGCGUUGCCAUGACGACUCGUUGUGUUUGCGGUGACACCCGUUUUUUUGUCUUUUUAGCGGACCAGAGCUGCCGCCCUCCUUGCCUCCUUGCCUCCUUCCCUUCCUCCCUUCCUCCCUUCCUCCCCCCUCUCGUGCAUGCAGCUCUGGUUAGUUUGGAUAUUAUGCAUUUCCUGUUCCUGUACAUAGACAAGACCUCCAACUGCUACCCCACUAACUCUGGACACUGAAAACUGUCUCUCUGUCCGACAGACAGCUCCACCUACUGUGACUGUCUGUUUCUACUAAACCUGUCUCUCUCUCUCUCUCUGCCUGUCUCUCUCUCUACCUCUCUGUCUCUCUCUCUCUCUGUUUCUCUGGUGCCAUUCUCAGACAACACCCCGGUCCUUAAGGAGCUAAGAAGCCCUGCAAGUGCACUACGGAGGGCUCAAGGUGGGAGGUGGUGCACUAUGAAGGGUGUGGGGAGAGACAUAGCAAACUAUAAAGGAGGUUAAGGUGGAAGGCUGCCUUCAAAUGCAGCUCAGGAGGUCGUAUUUUUGAGAACCAAGUUGAAGUUAAAGGGCAACACACACUGAUGUACAAGAUGAACACAAAACACUUUAAAGUUUUUGUGUCUCAGCAGGUUCAAAUGUGGCGGAUUGUUUAUUUAUAAAAGAAGAGAAGGACCAGUUUGGCCAAAGCUUCCUGUGUUAAAGCUGCAUUCUCUCUCCUGUCCACCAGGGGGCGACUCCUCUGGUUGUAUAGAAGUCUAUGAGAAAAUGACUCUACUUCUCUCUUGAUUUAUUCCCU